AUGGAUUUGAUUAUUGACUUGCUCAAUGAAUACCCAAUCGGUUGCAACGCCUUAUUCUUCAGUCUUGCGGUACUGUUUCUCAGACUCAACGAGGAUGGUUUUCGACGAGACCGACGCCGGAAUCAUCUGCGCGCGUACCGAAGAGAUGGUGUUCUUUGUGGUGGAGUGGUCAUCGAUCGAAAGAUUGUUGCAAAUAAGCAUCUUGUACGGUAUGCCUACCGACUGCCACAACACGAUGACGACGCUGCGUACAUCAAAGACUUUGUGGAAGCACCCAACGAAUUGAAGGAAGACCACAAGAACAUCAUCGUUGUUCUAUUUCCUAAGCGUCCCACGUCUGGAAUUCACUAUGGAUUGCUUCAGAAAUUGUGGUACAGCAAAGAUGUGGAGAGGAAUCAUGGAGCUGCUCCUGGCAUUGCCCACAAGGCAUUUCUACGGUUGUGUCUCUUGCAAGGUGUCAUGGUCUUGUGGGCCAGUCUUGGGCGUCACUUCUUUUGGACGUGUCAAUUGUUACUCUAUGUUGGACUAUUUCAAUUGUAUAGGGUUAACAAAACAGAGGAAGAGGCAACCGGGGUGACGGGGGGUGUAUACAAGACGUUGAAACGAAAUGAACCAGAUGCAUGGUAUUGGUCCGCCGCACCAAUGCUAGAACCAUUGACGUCCAACGAUGAGCAGCCACAUGACACUACCUCCACCGAAGAUGUAUUUGUGGCAUUGGAAAAAUCCGAACGCAUGUUGGGCCAAAUCAUGAACUCGUUUGACCCCGAGUCGGAGCAACAACGACAACAACAACAACAAGAUGGUGGCAAUAAAGUGUCGUUUCCUUGUGAAAUGUAUUUUUCUCUUUUGCCAAGAUGUCAACAGGCGCUGCAGAAGGGCACUGUCCUGUUUGAUACUUAA